GGCCGGUGAAGAUUUGAACAUCACCAACCAUGGCAUUAAAAACAGCUUUGUCUCGUCUGCUGGUGAACUCACAGAGAUGUCCUCUGAUGUGUGUGUCGAGGGCCCAGGGCACUUUAGCACCUGCUGCAUAUGACAAAGAGGAGCGAAUCAAAAAAACAUCAAAACAACCUAAGGUAACCUUUGACUGGCGUGACGCGUUGGAUCUGGAAGGGCAGCUCACAGAGGAGGAGAUCAUGAUCAGAGACAGUUUCCGCACAUACUGUGAGGACAAGCUCAUGCCACGCAUCAUCAUGGCCAACAGGAAUGAACAUUUCCAUCGGGAGAUUUUAAAUGAGAUGGGAGAGCUUGGUGUCCUUGGGCCUACAAUUCAAGGAUAUGGCUGUGCAGGCACUAGUUAUGUGGCGUACGGUCUGAUCGCUAGGGAGGUGGAGAGGGUCGACAGCGGAUACAGAUCGGUUAUGAGUGUCCAGUCCUCACUGGUCAUGCACCCCAUCAAUGCCUAUGGCACAGAAGAGCAGAAGCAGAAAUAUCUGCCUAAACUGGCUCGUGGAGAGAUUCUGGGCUGUUUUGGUCUAACAGAACCAAACCACGGAAGUGACCCCGCUGGAAUGGAGACUAAAGCCAAAUACAACCCCUCCAGCAGAACUUACAGCAUCAGUGGGACAAAAACAUGGAUCACCAACUCUCCGUAUGCUGAUAUCUGUGUGGUGUGGGCAAAAUGUGAGGAUGGCAAAGUGAGAGGGUUUGUCCUGGAGAGAGGGAUGAAGGGGUUGAGCACCCCGAAAAUAGAGGGCAAAUUCUCCCUCAGAGCUUCAGCCACCGGGAUGAUUGUGAUGGAUGAGGUGGAGGUGCCAGAGGAAAACCUGCUGCCCCACGUGUCUGGCCUAGCUGGGCCCUUUGGCUGCCUGAAUAAUGCCCGCUUUGGCAUUGCGUGGGGCGCUCUGGGUGCUGCUGAAUUUUGUUUCCAUGCUGCUCGUCAGUACACCAUGGACAGAAUCCAGUUUGGCGUCCCUCUCGCCAGAAACCAACUCAUCCAGAAGAAGAUGGCAGACAUGCUGACAGAAAUUACAAUCGGCCUGCAGUCCUGUUUACAACUGGGCAGACUCAUUGACCAAAAAAAACACACACCAGAGAUGAUCUCCCUGCUGAAGCGAAACUCAUGUGGUAAAGCCCUGGACAUCGCCAGACAGGCCAGAGACAUGCUGGGAGGAAACGGCAUAGCAGACGAAUACCACAUCAUACGGCACGUCAUGAACCUAGAGGCCGUCAACACAUACGAAGGCACUCAUGACAUUCAUGCGUUGAUUUUGGGCAGAGCCAUCACUGGACUCCAGUCUUUUACUGUUGGAAAAUAAACCCAUAGUUCUUUCUGAACGUAAUCAUAAAGCACUUUUGCGUCUGUCUCUGAAACGAGGGAAACUUUAUCAACACCAUUCUUCCAUCUCUGUAUAACCUCAAAUGAUUUGAUUCGAGUGUGGGUCCAAACUGAAAUCUGCUUCUUCUGUGUCUGCUAUCUGAGGGUACUGAUCUGACAUCUAUUAAUAUGUCAUGUUACAAAGACGCUUGCAUUAAGAAGGGGUUCAUGAUCUUGAUGUGUAUUAAUUUUUGAAAGCAUUCAUCCAUGGGAUUUAUGGAUAACAAUGUCAUGAGAAUGAUGAAAGAUAAUCUAUAUCAGUUUUAAAGCUCCGCUUUUCUUGAUGUCAGACAUCCUGCUUGCACUUUAGAGAUAACUCUGACCCACUGAUCACUGUCAAUACAAGUAUUAAAAAUGAUGAAUUUGAUAAAAUAAUUCAACAUUGUUAUAUUUAUUGAGUGCUGGAAGCCACAGUGACUAUUCUUUCAUUGUCAAUAAAGUCCAAUUUGUUUUA